UGCGGCACUUGAAGACCUCGAGGGUCUACCACUGCCAACGCGCAUCACCGUUUCAUCCCUGUCUGUCUCUCCCUAUAAAGAGAAAAUUAUCCCAUGGAAUUCAUCUAUCUUCACAACACAUGAAAUGAAAUAAGGUUGCAGAAUUCUGGUAAUCUCUGUUGGGUGAGAGACACUUGAACAUCUUAGUUAUUAUAUUAAACAGUGAAUUGUUUAUUUGUAACCAGCUGAGCUCCACAGCUUAGAGCCCCCAUACACAGCUAGCUCCUACUGCUUCUUCUGCUCCUGUGAGUUAAUAUUAUGAGGUUCGUGUUUAAACAAUACACUAUGCACAAGGCUUUUCUUUUGGUUUUAAUGAUUUUCUACAAUGGGUUGUCUUCAAAUGCUGCUAGCAGCAGUGUUGAAGCAAGACCAAAAGUUGUGAACAUUGGGGCUCUUCUGUCUUUUGAUUCUUCCAUUGGCAAAGUUGCAAAGGUUGCAGUAGAAGCUGCAGUGGACGAUGUGAAUAGAGACCAAUCUGUUCUUGGUGCAACUAAGCUGCAACUUAAUAUGAGGGACACAAAUUAUAGUGGGUAUAUGAGCAUGCUUGGGGCUUUAAGCUUGAUGGGGAGUGAGGUAGUGGCCAUAAUUGGCCCCCAGUUUUCUGUCACUGCUCAUUUCCUAUCCCUUAUUGCCAAUGAGCUUCAAGUGCCCUUGUUGUCGUUUGCAGCAACAGACCCCACGCUAUCUUCACCUCAGUAUCCAUUCUUUGUCAGGACAACACACAGUGAUGCAUUCCAGAUGGCUGCAAUUGCAGAUAUUGUAGACUACUAUGGGUGGAGGGCAGUCAUUGCAAUAUAUGUGGAUGAUGAUCAUGGGAGGAAUGGAAUUGCAGCAUUGGGAGACAAGCUAGCUCAGAAACGAUGCAAGAUCUCAUAUAAAGCUCCUUUCAGUCCCAAUAUGGACCAGCCCAAUGAGAUAUCAGAUGUAUUGUACGAGGUAGCCUUAAUGGAGUCUAGGAUUAUUGUUCUUCAUGCUUACCCAGAUACGGGUCUGGAGGUGCUUAAAGAGGCUAGGCAUCUAAGGAUGAUGGGAGCUGGGUAUGUGUGGAUAGUUACUGAUUGGCUUUCUACCAAAAUAGACACUUAUUCUCCCCACCUUACAGAAGCCAUGGAUGAUAUUCAAGGAGUUAUUACUUUGAGAAUGUAUGCACCAGAUUCACAACAAAAAACCAAAUUUGCUUUUGGGUGGAGCAAUUUGACUAGCAGAAAUGCAACUGGUGGCGCUUUUGGGUUAAAUACUUAUGGUCUAUAUGCUUAUGACACUGUCUGGCUGCUUGCUUAUGCAAUUGAUGCAUUUUUAAAUCAGAAGGGAAACCUUUCAUUUUCAUAUCAUCCGGGGUUAUCAGAACUACAGAGAGAGAACCUACAUGCAGAUGCUUUUAAAAUCUUUAGAGAAGGAAAUUGGUUGCUUCACAGCAUUUCACAGGUUAAUUUCACUGGUUUAACAGGCUCAAUCUACUUUUCUGAUGGGAACCUCGUUCAUCCUGCAUAUGAAGUGAUCAAUGUGAUUGAGACAGGAUUUAAGCGGGUUGGGUAUUGGUCUAAUUAUUCAGGGUUAUCAGUAGAACCUCCAGAAAAGCUUUAUACAAAACCACCUAGUAAUUCAAGUCAACAGCUAAGCAGUGUAAUCUGGCCUGGACAAACAGUACAAGGCAAGCGUUUGAGAAUUGGUGUCCCAAAUCGAGUCUUUUAUCACGAGUUUGUCUCAGUACAAGGCACUAAUGUGUUCAGUGGCUACUGCAUUGAUGUGUUUACCGCUGCCAUGAAAUUACUGCCUUAUGUUGUGCCAUAUGACUUUGAAGCAUUUGGGGACGGUCAUAGUAACCCAAAUACCACUGAGCUUCUGCGAUUGAUCUCAGUGGGUAGGUAUGAUGCAGCAAUAGGUGACAUUUCCAUCACGACUGAUCGAGCAAGGAUGGUGGAUUUCACACAGCCAUUUAUAGAGUCUGGCCUAGUCGUAGUGGCCCCAGUCAGGAAGUUAAACUCUAGCGCUUGGGCAUUCCUGAGGCCAUUCACUCCAAUGAUGUGGCUUGUAACAGCAAUUUUCUUCCUUGUUACGGGUUUGGUGGUGUGGAUUUUGGAGCACAGGAUCAAUGGUGAUUUCCGAGGCCCUCCUAGAAGACAAAUUGUAACUAUUCUGUGGUUUAGCUUUUCUACCUUGUUUUUUGCCCAUAAAGAAAAGACGAUGAGCACCCUUGGUCGCCUGGUGCUAAUUAUCUGGCUAUUUGUAGUUCUAGUUCUCAAUUCAAGCUACAUUGCAAGUUUGACCUCAAUUCUCACAGUAGAGCAGCUUACUUCGUCUAUUAAAGGGAUUGAAAGUUUGGUAACUAGCAAUGAACCUAUUGGCUACCAGCGAGGGUCAUUUGCUGGAAAUUACUUGAUCAAUGAAUAUAAAAUAGACAAGUCUAGACUCUUUCCUCUCAACUCUGCAGAGGAUUGUAUUAAAGCCUUGCAAGAUGGUCCCCAGAAAGGUGGCGUUGCUGCUGUGGUUGAUGAAAAAGCAUACAUAGAACUCCUUCUCUCAUCCAAUUGUGAAUUCAGUAUUGUCGGUCAAGAAUUCAGCAAAAAUGGGUGGGGAUUUGCCUUUCCAAGAAAUUCUCAACUGGCACUAGAAAUGUCAACUGCGAUCCUGAAACUAUCAGAAGGUGGAGAACUGCAAAGAAUGCACGACAAAUGGCUUCUGGGUAGCGCUUGCAGAUCAGAAGGUACAAAAGAAGAUGCAAACCGGCUUCAUCUUACAAGCUUUUGGGUCCUCUUUCUCAUUUGCGGUUUAGCCUUCGUACUAGCCCUCCUUUUAUAUAUAAUAAAGACAGUCAGAAAAUUUGCCAAGCACCGUUCAGAGGAACUCGAGGGGUCUUCAUCAAGAAGUUCACCAUCUGUACUUUUUCAGGCAUUUCUUUCAUUUCUUGAUAAAAUGGAAGAGGAUGUGAAAAGCAGGCCAAAGAGAAGGCGAACAGAUAGGAGAACCUCAAACAGAAUCAUAGAUGGAACCGGAUGUGCAUCAAGAAAUAGUGGUUCUUCCAAAAGUGCAAUUGCUGCCUUGGAAGUCUAAAUAUAUAUAUAUAUAGUUUCUAAAAGGUGAAGAAGAGAAAAGCAAUGUCAAUGAAGGAAGAUGGGGUUCUGUGACUUGUGUGAAAUCCACUUCUUUUUCAUUAAGAACAAUUAACCCCAGCAACACAACAGGGAAAAAAAAAAAUAAUUGCUCGCCUAGGUUUAGCGAUGUGGUCAUGUGGAGGAUGUAAUUUGACAUGAGACCCCACCAUUAAUAAAGGAAAGGACAGGAAUUUUCGCAGGUAUUCUCCGUAAUUCCAUUCAAAGCCACUAACAAGAUCAGCCAUUGUGAUUAGACCUGAACAACCCCAUCAACACUUAAAUAUUAAGUGAUAUCCUUAUACAAAUAGAAUAAUAGAAGCCAUCUUUGGAUAAUAUUUUUUUAACUGUGCAACUUUGAAGUUGCCACAAUGUCAAAGAGAAUCUUAAACAUGAAAAAAAAAAUGUUAUAUAUUUGA